CAUUUCUCUGGGCUGCGCUCUCGGGCAGCGGAUAAUCUAAUGUAUGACCGCGGAGUGUGAGAAAGCGGAGUCCUAACGGGGAUUUCUUUUUUUUUUUUAAUUCUGGAUUUGAAACAACAUGGCAGACGUAGUGGAGGGAGAGGACGUGCGCUCGGCUGUGCCCUCCGCGUUACGCUCUUCACGGCACGGCUCCGGCGGGAACGUUACUGCGGGCCCGCGGCUCGUGCGCAUUAUCAAGUCGGACUCGGGCUACGGCUUCAACGUCCGCGGCCAAGUGAGUGAAGGAGGUCAGCUAAGGAGCAUCAACGGCGAGCUGUACGCGCCGCUACAGCAUGUCAGCGCCGUGUUACCGGGCGGUGCGGCGGACAGAGCCGGCAUCUCCAAGGGCGACCGCAUUCUCGAAGUGAACGGCGUGAACGUGGAGGGAGCCACGCACAAACAGGUGGUGGAUCUGAUACGAGCUGGAGAGAGGGAACUCGUCCUCGCCGUCCUCUCCGUCCCUCAGCCAGAGACGGACAGCCUGGACCCGGGAGACGAUGGCUCGUCACAGUCCUGCUAUGACUACAGCGACAAGCAGGCCGUGCCCAUCUCCGUGCCCACCUAUAAACACGUGGAGCAGAAUGGCGAGAAGUUUGUGGUGUAUAAUGUGUACAUGGCUGGCAGACAGCUCUGCUCCAAGCGCUACAGGGAGUUCGCCAUUCUGCAUCAAAACCUUAAGAGGGAGUUUGCCACUUUUACUUUCCCCAAGCUACCUGGGAAAUGGCCUUUCUCUCUGUCUGAGCAGCAGCUGGACGCCCGAAGGAGGGGACUGGAGGAAUAUCUAGAAAGAGUGUGUUCUGUGCGAGUGAUUGGUGAGAGUGAUAUAAUGCAGGAAUUCUUGUCUGAAUCAGACGAGAACUAUAAUGGAGUCUCCGACGUGGAGUUGAGGAUAGCCAUGCCAGAUAAAACCACAGUAACCGUCCGAGUUCGAAAGAACUGCACUACAGACCAGGUGUACCAGGCCGUGGUGAUGAAGGUUGGGAUGGACAGUAUUACCGCCAGUUAUUUUGCUCUCUUUGAAGUCAUUAAUCACUCAUUUGUGCGGAAGUUGGCUCCGAAUGAGUUCCCGCAUAAGCUCUACGUGCAGAACUACACAUCGGCCGUUCCGGGUACCUGCCUCACUCUGCGCAAGUGGCUCUUCACCACCGAGGAGGAGAUCUUGCUGAACGACAACGAGCUCGCCAUCAACUACUGCUUUCACCAGGCACUGGAUGAUGUGAAGAGGGGGUUUAUUAAAGCAGAGGAGAAAUCAUACCAGCUCCAGAAACUGGCUGAACAGAGGAAGGUUACCAUGUACCUGAGUAUGGUGAGGUCAUGUGAAGGCUACAACGAGAUCAUCUUUCCUCACUGUGCUUGUGACUCACGCCGCAAGGGCCACGUUAUCACAGCCAUCAGCAUCCGACACUUCAAACUGCAUGCCUGCACUGAAGAGGGCACUCUAGAGAAUCAGGUGAUAGCGUUCGAGUGGGGUGAGAUGCAGCGGUGGGACACUGACGAGGAGGGGAUGGCUUUCUGCUUCGAGUAUGCAAGAGGCGAAAAGAAGCCACGCUGGGUCAAAAUCUUCACUCCAUAUUUCAACUACAUGCAUGAAUGCUUCGAGCGGGUCUUCUGCGAGCUGAAAUGGCGGAAAGAGGUUGAAGAGGAAGCGACGGACAAAGACAAUAAGAACUGUAGUAAAGAUGGUAUGUGUAGUAAGAAUAUCUUCCAGCUGUUGAGGCACAGAAGGGAUGGAGGCACCUGAGACAGGAGAUUGUCACUCCCUGAACACAAAACCAGACACACACAUACACACACACAAAUCAGUGCAGACUCAAAACAUGAAGAUAAUAAGUCCCAGCCAAUGCAGUCUGACCACUAACACACACACACUCACACUCACUCAGAGGACAACAAGAACUAAAGAACCCAUCUCCAAACUCACAAUACAAUAGAAAUAAGCAAACUAAAAACGAGAAUCAAGACUUUUUCACACUUCAUCCAUCCCAUCUGAUCGUCGUCGGGACUCAUUUCAGUCGUUCAGUUGGAGGACAUUUCUGAGGUGAAUCUUUGAAGAAGAAACUGACCAGGCUUUUCGUUAACACUCCAGCUAACUGGCUUUAUACUUCAUAAGGACACUACCAACAGGACGCCCUGUAAAACAGACACUCCCGGCUGCGCUGGCUCUUAACAUUAAUCUCCACACUGUGAACGGUCCUGGGGACUCGUGCAUGCGACGGACGGAGGACAGACGUGCACUUUUGGUCAGGUUUGCCGGCAAGAUUUUAACGAAAGCAAAGGAGCAAGAAAGACCGAGUUAGAGGAGUGCACUUACAGCCAGGAAGCCACAGUGCUAGAUCUUCAUCCUGACACUAACACACACACACACACAGAUACGUGCAUUCUGUGACGGGAAGCCAGAUGAUCCUUCAAAAUGUAACAGCACAAAAGAUUUGUGGGAGAGGGGAGGGGAGGGAACACCACGGUCACAUUAUUCAUAUGUGUAAAUAUCUUGAAUCUUCACCUUCCACCUGGACAAGCAGAGCAGAUAAGCAAGAACUACGGUUUGAGCUGAAAUUUGGGAAAGCAGACAAAAUAGCCUUACAUGCCUAAAUGAUGCUUCCUAGUUUACUUCUAACAAAUUGAUAUAUACAUAUAUAAAAUAUUUUUAUUUUUCCCCUCUAUAUUUCCCCCACCCUGUUUAACUUUCUAUUUUCUUCCCCAUCUUUCUUUAUUUUUUUAUUUAUUUUUAAAAAAAAUUUUAAAUACUCAAGCUUGUCCUUCAGCCUCUGCUGUGAAGGUAUUUUUUUCGAAAGGGGAGAAAACAGUUAACAGUAUUAUGAAACCAUUGACUCAAAAACCCGACAGUAAAAUAAAAUAAAAAAAAUACUUUUAAUGAAGCUAUGAAUGAAAUUUAUGAAACAUGCCCUUAGGCAGGUCAGCAAGAUGGAUUUAAUGUGAGCCUGAACUUAGAACAGUUUUUUUUUUUUUGAACCUAGUCUUUUUCUCUCUUUUUUUUUUUUUAAGGCAUACGUAGCUGGAAGUCUAGAAAAUCUAUGUUAAGAUUGAAAACGACCAGCGAGUAUUAAGAUGUGCAAACGCAGACCAUGCAGCACUGCUUCACCGGGAAGAUCGGUCCUGAGUCGACUUGACAGCAUUUACAGUUUUUUUAAUAUUCGUAGAGUUAAAGCCUAGACAUGUUUCUGUUUCUUUUCCUGGUGUCUGUAUGACUGUUAGACUGUAAGUAAUUUAUUAAUCAUCCCAGAAAAACUUGUUCUAUGUCUUAAUGGUUAGCUAAUAGGUUGUAAUUUUUUAACACAUGUCAGGGUCUGAGGGUAUACACACAGAGCAAACUGUUCCUGUCUGACUCUUGCAGUAAGAAGAGCUAAAGAUGACGUUUGUGUUUCUUAAAUAAAUAAAUAGAUAAAUAAAUAAAUGUAAACAGAUUAAUUUAAAUAAAUAAAUAAAUUUAAAUACAUAAAUACAUUUAAAUACAUAAAUACAUUUAAAUAAAUAAAUCAACAGCAUCUAACUUUUAUUAGAGAGAUUGCAGGCAGUUGAUUUUAAAAAUAUUUGUUUGUCAUAAUAGUUGUACUGUGCACUAUUCUCCCCCAACACACAAACACAAGGAUAAUGGCAAUUGUUAUGAGCCGGUACACAAUCUAGUUCAAGACUUGGUGAAAGAAAUAGCUGACUAUCUGCUGUUAUUAUUAGAAGCUGUUAAAAUAAUAUAUCUGUCAACUCAUAUUGCAGCUUUAAUAUUUCAUGGCUAUGUAUAGUGUGUGUGUUUGUGUGUGUUAUGCAUAAGGUAUGUUUUUUUUUUUUUAUUUUGUGUUUAACAUUCAGUAGCCUGUGUGUGUUUGUGACAUGUCAUUUAUUUGUUUCUUUUAAACACUAGAAAUCCCAUGAAACCUGACUGUUUGUUCACACUAGACUUAAGCUGAAUGAUCUAUUCACAAACCAGAGAUUCCUAGCAGAGUGUUUCUGCUACAUUUCAGUUCAUUAAGAGGAGGGCUUGUUUUUGCUCUUUUUUGUUUUUAAGGUAAAGCAUGCAGGUCUGUUUUAUGGUUUGUGAUUCUGUCGCUUCUACCCGUUGCUGCCAUUCUGGUUUGCGCAGGCGCAUAAAAGCUUGAAAAGUUUUUGCACUUCUAGUAUUGUACGUGUGGUUGUGUGAUGAUGAGUGAGAUGACAUUUCAGUGCUGCGUUUUUCUUUUUUGUUGCCCCACCACCACCUGCUUUUUGAGGUAUCGAUUGUGCAUGUAACCUUGCUGAAUGGUAUUUUUUCCCCUUUUAAAUGUCACAUUUGGAGUAUGUCGGCCAUGUUUGUCUCCUAAUGCUUUAUUUAAAUGCCAUGCAUUACAGAUGCAGUCUCUCUCUCUCUCUCUGUUUCUCUAUGCUCCUAGAGAUCUGCCAUUAUCCAGAGUUCAGUUCUAAAUCCUGCUUAACCUUUGUGUUUUACUAAUAUUCAUUAAUACUUACAGAUGGGUGACGAAUGAAAAAUCGACAUUAUGUGUCAUUGAUACCUCUGUGGGCUUCCAGAACCGCUUAAAUUAUGUCUUGGCACAGACAUUCCACACACAGACGAGCACCAUAUUUCAAAACGUAUUCCGUAUCGCUCCGAAAUCUCCCAUAGACGAUGAAUAGAGUUGUCGACUGCAAAGGCCAUAGCAAUAUGAUUUACAUCAUAUAUACCUUCAUACUCCUCAAACUGCUGACAUGGUUGGAGUCAUCCUAAGAGACUCCUCCCAACAGGAUGGGUCAGCGUAAGAUAAAGACGACCACUCUGAAGAAUUUUGUAUUUAUUUGCAAAAAGCUUUAUCUCUAAGGGAGCAACCGAGCACAAACAAACCAUGCCAGCAAAAUAAAUAAAUGCCCCACAGUUUCUCUUUUCAUAUGUCACCCAUCUGUAAACUGUUCAGUAAUCUGUAAACAUCCUGAGGACCACAAGGCUGCUAAAUCCCUUGUCUGAAUGCAGCAGUUACAAAGGCCACUGUAUAUAUCAGAGUUGUCUGAAAUGUAUGAAGCAGAACACCCCAAGGGCCACAAAACAAAUCUUUUUUUUCUUUUUUUUUACUUUUCAAAUUUCCUCCACCUUUUGUUCACCCAUGUUUCUUGCAUUUGCUCUGUUUGCCCUGGAUGGAUCACCUCAUUAAUUUAUUGUAAUAAGGUAUCAAACAGGAAUCCUCUGCUUACAGUAUUUUCAGUAGCAUAAGUUUUUUUUGUUUUGUUUUGUUUUUCCAAAAAGGUGCAUAGAUAAUAGUCACAAAGCCACCUGUAAUGACGAGGGGAAUGGAAGCAAAUCACGUGGAGCCACUUUCGGCAAAAAAAAAAAGAAGAAGAAGAAGAAUCGAAAUGGAUCAUGUUUGAAAAAUGAGCCGAUGAAAUGAAAUAACCUGAAAAUGUUUGUUGCAACUUGGUCAUAUAGCAUUAUAAAUAAAUUGUAACAUAUUCUUUUAAAUAAAUAAAUUUAAUGAGAAAAA